AUGGUAAGCUCAGACACUGGAUUAAACAACGAUGAUGACUCAGCCACCGUAUCAGAUGAGUCGAACACCGAGACAGACUCAGACGUGAGAACCGAAACCGACGAGGAAUGUCCAUCUUCGCACCCUCCAUCUGUAUUUGAAAACGGUGAAAAGGUCCUCGCUUCUCACUCUGGACAAUAUUAUGAAGCCAAGGGGUGGAACAAAACUUGGGACGAAUGGGUUGGCAUGGAUCGUUUGCUGAAGCAUACUGAAGAGAAUGUGCAGAAGCAGAAAGCCCUCAAAGAACAAUUGGAAAUGGAACAGAAAACAAAGGCAGUACAGGCACCACAAAUGAAACCGAAAAAUUCCGGUGUUUCAAGGGGCAGGAAGCGGAAAAAUGACUCUCUUAAUAAGGAAAAUGAUGCUGUACCCUUGGAAAAGCUGGUGAAUCUCCAAAUUCCACCAACUCUAAAGAAACAGCUUGUUGAUGAUUGUGAAUUUAUCACUCAUCGGAGCAAGCUUGUGAAACUUCCUCGUACUCCAAAUGUCCAAGACAUAUGUACGAAGUAUUGUGAGUAUAGAUCGAACAAAGAUGUCAUGAUACCUGAAUCAACUGCCGAAAUUAUGAAAGGUUUAUGUUGUUACUUUGACAAAGCCUUGCCAGUCAUGCUUCUGUAUAAAAGUGAGCGCCAACAGUAUGCUGAUGCAAUUAGAGAGAAUGUUUCUCCCUCAAUGGUAUAUGGUGCUGAGCAUCUAUUACGCCUUUUUGUUAAGCUGCCUGAGUUAUUGGUCCACGCAAACAUUGACAAAGAGACACUGACAGAGUUGCACCAAAAAUUUGUUGACUUUCUGAGGUUUCUACAGAAGAAUCAGAGUGCAUUUUUUCUCUCUACGCACCAUGUCCCAGAAGAUUCUGAAGCAAUAGUUGAAACUUCCAGUAUGAAUGUCCAAAAGGUAUGUGUCAACUAUCUUCAGCUAUCUUGCCUUGCAAGGUCCUCUUCUCCUGUGAUGACCAAGGCUAACUGGGCUCAUGCAGUAGCCGAUGUUAUGCUGAAACAAGAAGCAAAAUCAGGAAGAUGA